AACACAGACCUCAGUAUUGAUAUGAACUGGAGGUGGAUAUUGGAUACAUAUUUAAAGGGCAGUUCUGUUAGACCUGAGUGUUAGAAGUACCUCAGCAGUAGGAUCGUCUACGAUGUACAACAGCGGCUAUAAAGGCACCUACGGCAGUGGCUAUUCUAAAGCUAAACUCGAUUGGUCUGCCAAGAAAAUUCACAAACCAGAGGACAAGGGUUGCGGUUACUAUUUGAAGAUGUUCUUCUUCUUUUCUUCGCUGAUCCAGUCGCUCAUUAUUGUCAGCCUGGUGCUCUUUCUGGUUUACGGACAGCCAGAGCAGACAAUCGAGGAGAAGAGAGUCCAAGAUUUGGAGCAAAGUUACAAUAAACUAAAUAUGGAGAAAAAGGCUCUUCAGGACAAAGUGCAGAAUCUCACCAAGCAACUGAAUGCAACUAUGACGGCAAAAAAAGCUGUUGAAAAAGACUUUAACAAGCUUCGUGACCUGGCGAAAAAUUCAACCAUUAAUAUAGGUUUCUUGCAAACCAGAUGGCGGCAGUGCGAGACAGAAAAAAGGACAGUUUCAAAUCCCGUUUGCCCCCCCAGCAUUUUUACAGAUGGCCGAGGUUUUGUGCUUCAGAAAUCCGAAGAAAUGCUGAAACUCGUCAAAGCAAACUUCACUGAACAAAUGUCUACAAUGAAACUAAACUUUGAAAAAUCCAACAAAGACAAACUGCUGUACCAACUGGAAGCCAUUGAUCUGCGGCGAAAAAAAGCCUCCCUUGAAGAAACGAUCAAAACGUAUGAGAAAUCAUGUAAGGAGGAUUUUGUGAACUCGUUACAGGGAAUCCCCAAUGUCACCAGAGAUUUUCUUAAAAAAGUCGACGACUUGUUCAAGAAGCACGAAUCCUUCCAGCUAACGUGUGAGAAACAAAGCACAAAACUUGAGGACAUUCGAGUAAACUGCAGCAGUUUGUCGAGAGAGGUGGAGAACAAAUUACAGGUGUAUCUGGACAGGGUGGGGAGUCAGGUUUCGUCUAUUUCAGGCGCAAACGCCAAAUACCAAGCCGAAAACAAACAACUGAAAGAAGAUGCCGUUUGGUGCAAAGGGAAUCUAAGUGCCACUGUGCAGGAGAACCAAAAGGUUCUUAAGGAAAAACAGCUGAAGUACGACGAAGAAACUGAGAAGCUCCUGCAGCAGGUCAGACAGCAGACUGAAAAAGGCAAACUUCAAGAACAUCUUCUGUCUGUAAAAGAAAUUGACAUUCGAAUUCUUACCGAGAGUGUCAAGACGAUCAACGCCUCAUUGGCAAGUUGCAAGGCAACACAAAAAAACACUUUUGGGCAGUUUACUGCUGGAAGGACCACUUCUUUCCAAUGGCCAAGUUCUAGCGGGUCACAGGUUACUGGACUUGGUAGCAUUGGGCAAGGUACCGCAGGACUGGGCAGUGUGGGGUCAAGCAGUACCAGUGUACUCAGUCGACCAGGUUUGAGUGGAUCAUCAGGGCUUAACCUUCCAGGGUCAAGUGGAAUACCUUUAAGCAAAACACCGUCAAUCGGAUCAGGACCUUCAGUAAACGAGAACCUGUUCACAGCACAACUCAAUCAGCACUUGAGAGAACUUCAGCAUUACAUGAAAACAGACUGAAAGGACCAGAGAGCUGUGCAAAGACAAAAAAUGUUCCUAAUAAUAUUUUAUAUCACAGUGCUGUUGAUUCUUCGAUCUGAUGACAGGAGGUGGUUACUUUUCUAGAACAGCAGCUCUGACAAUAAUGCCGUUACACAAAAACAUAACAGGUUUAUAUUAAACACUUUGUCUAUUCUAUAGCGAGAACUCAUUUUGUAAAGGGAUCACUCUGUAUAAUCGUAUAGCUUGAAUUGUACAAAUGUGUGUAUAACUUUUAUGGAAGAAGUCGCAGGUUUUCAGCACUUUGUAACAUUAAACCAUGGAAGAGGUUUCAGGAAAGUCCCAACAAACAAACAAAUGCGUCCUGGUUUCUUCAGAACAACAAACUGCAUUUUUUUUGUCGUGUUAACUUCAAAAGAGAAGAAAAUAGAAAUGCUGGGAGGGAAACAUCUGCCUAUAGCUGUGAUACAUGUUAACCAGGAACCAAGCAGAUCAACAAUAUUGUAAAAUUGCGUUAUGUGGUAUGGAAGAAAUUCAACAUUUUGGGGUGUGUUUUAAUAGAAAAAUAACCAGUACCAGUUUUAGAUUCGGUCCUUGAUUAUGUUUGUACAACAGCACACGUCUGUCCUGUUUUUUUGUUUUUUUUGUAAAUUAAAAUGUACAUAUUUGAAUGUGUUACCAGGGAUUACAUUUGUACUAUUAUUCUUAUUAUGUUAAUGCAUUUCAUUUGGCUUUCAUGACAAGAUGACUGGAAUCCCUUUAAUAUAAUAUUGUAAAAAAAACUACUUGUAAUUAUCGCAUUUAUUUGGAUGGGUGUAUAUUUUAUGUAAUUCUUUGAUCAUGUAUGACCUAAAAAACAUUAAUAAACAGUUGAAAUGAAAA